AUGAAACUCUUCCUCGCAACCGCACUGCUCAUCCAGCAGACCGCCGCCCAUGCCAUCUUCCAGCAGCUAUGGGUAAACGGCGUCGACAAAUCAAACACAUGUGUUCGCAUGCCUAGAGGCAACAGCCCAGUUACUAGCGUGACCUCCAAUGACUUGCGCUGCAAUGCCGGCGGCGCAGCUGGCGUAGCUGGGAAAUGUGCUGUGAACGCCGGCGACACUGUAGCGGUGGAGAUGCAUCAGCAACCCGGUGAUCGCUCUUGCGGCAGCGAAGCCAUAGGCGGCAACCACUACGGCCCCGUCCUCAUCUACCUCUCGAAAGUCCCCGACGCCUCCAAAGCCGAUGGCUCAGCCGGGUGGUUCAAAGUCUACGAGAACGGGUGGGCGCCUGCGCCGGGGAAUAAGGGCGCUGCUGACAACGACUUCUGGGGCGUUAAGGAUAUGAACAAGUGCUGUGGGAAGGUGGAUUUCAAGGUUCCGGUGGAGCUGGCGCCGGGGGAUUACUUGCUGAGGGCGGAGGUGGUGGCGUUGCAUACGGCGCAGAGUGCGGGUGGGGCGCAGUUUUAUAUGAGUUGCUAUCAGAUUACCGUUGCGGGAAGUGGGAGUCUGGCACCGGCUACGAUUAAGAUUCCUGGGCUGUAUGGUUCGAGUGAUCCUGGAAUUAAGAUCAACAUUCACUCCGCCAUUUCGGGUUAUACUGUUCCUGGGCCGAAGCUCAUUGCUGAAGGUACGAUGGUAACGCCUGGAAACGCCGUUUGUGCGAAGAAGAUGAUACGCGGGACACUUGGUAUUUUUGCAGUCUAG